AGGUCGUGGAGGUUCCGCGGGGGCCAAAUUCAGGAUAUCCCUUGCUCUGCCAGUUGGGGCCGUUAUUAACUGCGCAGAUAACACAGGAGCCAAAAACUUAUAUGUUAUUGCCGUACAAGGUAUCGGUGGACGACUGAAUCGUCUACCAGCAGCCGGUUCUGGGGACAUGAUCGUUGCCACAGUCAAAAAAGGUAAGCCAGAACUCAGAAAAAAGGUUAUGCCUGCGGUGGUUAUCAGGCAGAGGAAGCCUUUUAGAAGGAAGGAUGGUGUGUUCAUUUAUUUUGAAGACAAUGCAGGUGUUAUUGUAAACAAUAAGGGUGAAAUGAAGGGAUCUGCCAUUACCGGCCCAGUAGCAAAAGAAUGUGCAGAUUUGUGGCCCAGGAUUGCAUCAAAUGCCAG